GUAAAUAAGUUAAUAGAUAUGUUAGUUAAAGUACUGUACAUUAUAAACAAAUUACUCUAUUUGUACAUUUUAAAAUGUAGAAGAUGAUAGCUUAGUUGGCGAACAAAAUCGUAAAAGUUUAGUUCGUGCAUUCGGUGAUGGCCUUCGACAAGCUCAAUUAGAUAUUCAAACCUCAUUUACUGUUGAUGCACUUGCUGCCCUCAAUCCAGAUGAUGAUGUCAAAGUUGUCGUUACAACUCCAUCAAAACAAACAUGUCAUAUGCAAGUCAUUAAUAAUCGUAAUGGUACAUGGACUGUAAAUUAUAUUCCAAAUGAAGUUGGUGAAACUUAUAUUGACGUAUUUUUUGGUACUGAACUUGUUUGUGGUAGUCCAUUUAAAGUAAAUGUAUUUGAUAUUAAUCAAAUACAUGUUUCAAAUAUUGAUAGUGGAACGGUUGGUCAUUUAGUUAAAUUUCAUAUUGAUGCUAGUGAAGCUGGUGUUGGUCAAUUAGAAAUAGUUAUACAAGAUGGUCGAAUACCAUGUGAUGCAAUAUCAUGUGGUUCAUUUCAAUUUGAUGCAACAUUUUUACCUAAUGAACCAGGACGAUAUACUAUUGAUGUUAAAUUUAACGGAUUACCUAUACCUGGCAGUCCAUUUUCAUGUUAUAUUAAUGAUAUAUCUCGUGUUACUGUAUCCGAUAGUUUAACAAGUGGUCAUAUUGGACUUCCAUUAUCAUUUGACAUUCAUCAUUGGGAUUCAAAUAAUUAUCAUAAUCGAACUGUCCCAUUUGAUGUAGUGAUUACUGCUCCAUCGGGUCGUUCUGUUCCUUUCAAACGAUUACAAUUAAACGAAAGCAUUACACGUAUCGAUUAUGCUCUAAAUGAGAUCGUCAUUUUACUAAUGUUCAUGGAAAUUGAUACAAAUAAUCAACAAUAUUUAAGUCAACGUUUUAGUUUUACAGAAAAAUCUAAACAACAUUUAAAAUUAUUUCAACGACAUUUAUUACAAUAUCCUAAUGAUAAUAGCACACAUCGUGUGGAUAUCCGUGCAAGUAAUAGUGGUGAAAAAAUGGAUAUUAAUGGUUCACCAUUUGCUCUUAAAGCCUAUGAUUCUAAUCGUUUAAUUGUAUCUGAUAUUCCGCAUCUUGUUACAUAUAAUAAUCCAGUUGAAUUUACAGUUGAUGCUUCUAAAGCAGGUGAAGGUCAACUUGAAGUUGCUAUUAAUGAUGGUUUAGUACCAAAUCAAGUUAAAGCAUUAGGAAAUUCAAAAUUUCUUUUUACAUUUAUUCCUAAAACGAAUGAUCCACAUUUGAUUUCAAUUAAAUUCAAUGGCCAUCAAUUACCUGAUUUUCCAAAAGAAUGUCAAAUAUUUUCAACCAAUGAUAUAACAACACGAGGUCCUGGUCUUAGUCAAGCAUUACUUGGUACACAAACAUGGUUUACUAUUGAAACACCACAUGGUAGUUCAGAUGAUACACAAGUUACUGUAUUUACACCAACUAAUGAAAAAUUAAAUCCAUCAACACGUUUUACUUCAGAUGGACUUCGAGUUGAUUGGAUGCCAUCAGAAGUAGGUACUUACAAUGUUCAUGUAACAUUUGCUGGUAAUCAAGUACCUGGAAGUCCAUUUCGUGUUAAAUGUUAUGAUCCAAAAAAAGUUGUUGUUACACCACCUAUAAAUGAUAGUGCUGUUCGUAAGCCAACAAGAUUUCUCAUUGAUGCAUCUCGAGCUGGCGAAGGAAAUCUUGAAAUUAGUGUAAAUUCUGCUGGUCGUAAUAUUCCAAAUCAAGUUAAUCCUAUUGGCAAUAGUCGUUUCGAAGUACAAUUCACUCCACAAGAGGCUACACUACAUUAUUGUAAUAUUUUAUUCAAUGGCGAACUUGUACCAGAUACGACGAAAGCAUAUGCGUGUAUGAUGCUUAGUCUCGAUCAUCCAUUAGCUACUAGUGAUGGGACAUCAUCUUUGUUUAACUUAUCUUCAGGAAGUCCUUUUGGUGUUAAUGUUAUGGAUACACAACGUGUUGUAGUAUUUGGUAAAGGUCUUGGAUCAGUACCUGUUAAUACUCCAACAUCAUUUACAAUUUUAACACAAAAUGCUGGUGUUGGAGAUUUGAAAUGUUCAGUAAAAGGUCCUGAUGAUCAUUUAAUUCCUUGUAUUAUGACAAAAAUGGAUUCGAAUCGAUAUGACGUAUCUUAUACACCGAAUUGUGUUGGUGAUUUUCAAAUAGAAGUUUUUCAUGAUAAUGAUCCAAUAGAUAAUAAUUCAUAUAUAGCUCGAGCAUUUGAUAUUAAUAAAGUUAUGAUAUAUGAUUUUCCAUCAUCGACUGUUGUUGAUUCACCGACUUUUUUUAUUAUCGAUGCAACUGAUUCUGGUUCGGGUAAUCUUGAAAUAGCUGUAUCAAUUAAUGAAAAAAAUAUACCAAAUUAUGUACAAAAUGAAGGUGGUGCUCGUUUUCGUGUAAAAUUUAUUCCUGAUCAAUCUGGAACAUAUUAUGUUCAUAUUAAAUUUAAUGGAAUUGAUCUUUAUGGAUCACCAUUUACAUGUAAUGUAUUUUCAAGUGAUUUUACAUUUGAAAAUUAUGAAUAUGCACCAAUUAAUAAACGAACAUUAUUUUUAAUUAAACCAAAAUUAAAUUCAAUGUUUAAUCCAAAUAUAUAUGUUGAUAUAAUAGCACCAUCUGGUAAUUGUAUAGAAGGAAAAAUUGAAGAAAAAUCUUUCAAUAUUUAUGCAAUUCGAUUUAUUCCAAAUGAAAUUGGUGAUCAUCAAAUUAUAUUCUAUAAUGAUAAAGAAAAACAACUUACUAUUACAAAAUAUAUAUGUCAAGUUUAUGAUGUAACAAAAAUUCAUAUUAGUGAUUUACCACCUGCUGUUUCACAUCGACUCUAUAAAUUUACUAUUAAUACAACUGAUGCUGGUAAUGGUAAUUUAUCUGUAAAAAUAAAACAAGAUGGAAAUCGAAUAACACAUGAUCAAACUCGUAUUGAUACUCAUAUUUAUGAAAUAGCAUUUAUACCUGAAACAUUCGAUGAAUGUAUCGUAACAUUAUCAUUUAAUGGAGAUAAUAAUUUGGGUCCACUCACAAUACCAAUAAAAACUGAUUUGAAACAAGUUCAUGUUUCAUCCAUACCUCCUGGUAUUGUCGGUCAACCAAUUAUUUUUACUAUCGAUCUUGAUGAAGCAAAACCUGUUUCUGUACUUAUCACAGAAUCUCAUGGUGGUCGAAUUGUUCCACAUACAAUUACAGCAGUAUCAAAUGAAAAAACUCAUUAUCAAAUAAAAUUUACACCAAAUAUUGCUCGUCAACAUACAGUAUUAAUAACUUAUGAUGAUCAACCAACAUCAACUUAUCAUGUUGAUGUAUUUGAUAUAAAUAAAAUUCGUGUUAGUUCUAUAGAAAAUGGAACUGUUGGAGUUCCAUUAGUUUUUAGUGUUGAUACACAUGGUGCAGGUGAAGGUCAUUUAGAAGUAACAAUAAGUGAUGGUCAACGAACAUUACCAGCUGAACUUAAAAGUAUUCAAGCAAGAAAAUUUGAUAUUGGUUUUCUACCAGAAAUACAUGGAAAACAUUCAAUUGCAAUUGCAUUUAAUGGAAUUCCAGUUGAAGGUAGUCCAUUUGAAAUUCAUAUUCGUGAUUCAUCAACAAGUAAUAAAGAAAGUAUUCAAGAACAAGAAGGUGAAGAAGAGGAAGAAGAUAUUGGUGAUCAUGAAUUUUUAAUUGGUGGACAAUUAGAAGGAACAAAAGUUGGUGAACUUGCUUGGUUAAUUUGUGAUUCAUCAUUAAGUGAUAUUUAUGAAGAUUUUGAGAUGUUUGUCACUGAUCCCGAUCAGAUUAUAAUCAAACAUACACGAAUACAAGAUUCUGGUGGUCGAUGGCGUAUUGAAUUUGAACCUAUUAAAUCUGGUACACAUCAAAUUCAAACUAGUGAUAAUAGUACUGAUGAUUCACCAAUUAUUCUUGCAUCAAUGGAUAUUUUACCAGCAAAUAGUCGAAGAAUAAUUGAAGGUGAAAGAAUAAUUCAUCCAAAUGUUCUAAAUUUUAUUAUGGUUAAUUCUAAUAAUGAAAAUUUAAAAAUUCGAUUAAGACGUUCAAAUGGUGAUGAAGUUCCAAUUGAAAUACAACGAGAUUCAUCAGAAUGGAAAAUUUAUUUUACUUUAACUGCAACCGAUUAUUAUCAAUUUAGUUUUGAUGAUAAUAAUGAUGAACAAAUAUUUGAUAUACAUUGUGUUGCUGAAGAAACAGAUAUAUUUCGUAAUGGUGGUAUCGAAGAUAUAACUCGAUUAAUUGUUGAUCAUAGUAAAAUAAAUGGAAGUGAUGUUAAUGUUAUUGUAAAAGAUCCAUUAGCUCAUACAAUUCCAGCGGCAUUCUAUCGAAAUUUAAGUCGAGAUCUUAUUAUUGAAUAUGUACCAACGAAACUAGAUAUUCAUGAAGUAUUUAUUCGAAUACAAAACAAUCUACUUGAUAUAUGUCCAAUGCGUAUAAUGUCAUUUGGUGCAAAUACUUCAUUUGAACCUGUACUUCGUGUACAAGUUAAAGAAGUUCUUGAACAUACAUUUGAAGGUGUUACUGAUAAUAUUGAUAAAUUACAAAUAGAUAUUAGCGAUCCAUUUGAAAGACCAUUACCAUUUCAACGUUCAAAAAAUGAAUGUGGAGAAUUAACAAUUGCUUUAUCACCUGUUCGUGUCGGUACUCAUUGGAUACGUAUAUCAAAUGAUGAUAGUAAAAAUUUUGCUUUAUUACCUAUAUUUGCAUUUGAUGAUGAUUAUGUACCACUAUCACCUAUUAUUACACCAUCACCAGAAGAUAAAUUCUUACCAGAAAAACAAUUCAAAAAUAGUAAUAAUAAUAAUAAUAAUAAUCAGACGACAAAUGAUUCAUUUAUGCCACUUUUAACUGGAAAAGACUUAAGAAUAAGUAGUGAAACAUCUGAAACUCGAUCAUCACGUGUAUCAUCUAAUGCAUCAUCACAAUUACCAUCUCCAAUUAAAGAACUAAGAGAAACAACUUCACCAAUAAUUCCUAAAGAAUCUCAUAAAAUAUCUUCGAAAGAUGCUCGAUCAAGUCCUGAAGUACACGUACUUGAUAUAACAGAUUUAAAUGAUCCAGGUGUUUAUAUUGUUUCAAAAUUUAGUUUUAAAGAUGUCGAUAAUAAAUUUCAUAUUACUAUAUAUGAUGCUGAUGGUAAAAAUAUUAAUUACAAAACUGAAUAUCUUAUUGAUGGACGAAAAAGAAUUUUCUAUGAACCUACUGUUAUUGGUCCUGUUGAAAUUCAUAUUGCAAAAGAUAAUGAACCUAUUGACGGUAGUCCAUUAAUUGUUCAUGCAUUUGAUCCAUCUUCAGUUUAUUUAAUUGAUUUUCCUGAUCAAAUACAAAUCGAUACAAUAAAUCGUUUUGUUAUUGAUCCUACAAAAGCUGGAAAAGGUUCAUUAAAAGUUGCUAUCAAAGGUCCAAAUAAUCGAUCAUUACCAAUUACUGUUCUUAAACGAUCAAAUGGUCCACAUACUAUAUAUGUUUUAUUUAAUCGAGUUCCAAUACCAGAAACACCACUUCGAGUAUUUGUUGAAUCUAAAGAUUUUAUAAAGGCAUCAGAUGAACCUAUUGAAGAACAAUCGAUAAUUAAAAGUACUGAAACUAAUGAAAUUGGAGAACGUGGACGUUCACUUUUUCCAAAACAACAUGAUCAAG